GCUUCCAUUCAAUCGUGUGGGGAAAAUCCCGUUUACAGUUUCUUUUAGGCAGAUGGAAGAAGUAGAUGGUUACCGGACUUUGGAGGGGUGCAUGGGGCUGGCAUGGGGUGUUGGUGGCAGGGAAGCACGAUUUCUCUUAGGUCUUGGUGCUUCAGGAACAAAGGGAAUGUGGAAAUGAAAGAGAGAGGGAGAGAGAGGCUGGCAGAUGUAAUGAGACGCGGUGAAGGUGUACGCAGACUGGCACUCCCACUCCUCCCUUCUGCUCUCACUGCAGCCCUGGGUAACUCGCAGGCUAACACAAACAGCUUUUCUCCCGCAGCCUGCCCUCUGUCACUAAGAAUGUCUUCCAAGCAAGCCACCUCUCCAUUUGCCUGUGCAGCUGAUGGAGAGGAAACGAUGACCCAAGAUUUGACCUCAAGGGAAAAGGAAGAGGGCGGUGAUCAACAUGUGGCCUCCCAUCUGCCUCUGCACCCCAUAAUGCACAACAAACCUCACUCUGAGGAGCUCCCAACACUUGUCAAUACCAUUCAACAAGAUGCUGACUGGGACAGUGUUCUGUCGUCUCAGCAAAGAAUGGAGUCAGAGAAUAAUAAGUUAUGUUCCCUGUAUUCCUUCCGAAAUACCUCUACCUCACCACAUAAGCCUGACGAAGGGAGUCGGGACCGCGAGAUAAUGACCAGUGUUACUUUUGGAACUCCAGAACGCCGCAAAGGGAGCCUUGCCGAUGUGGUGGACACACUGAAACAGAAGAAGCUUGAGGAAAUGACUCGGACAGAACAAGAGGAUUCCUCCUGCAUGGAAAAACUACUUUCAAAAGAUUGGAAGGAAAAAAUGGAAAGACUAAAUACCAGUGAACUUCUUGGAGAAAUUAAAGGUACACCCGAGAGCCUGGCAGAAAAAGAACGGCAGCUCUCUACUAUGAUUACGCAGCUGAUCAGUUUACGGGAGCAGCUCCUGGCAGCGCAUGACGAACAAAAGAAACUGGCAGCCUCGCAAAUUGAGAAACAACGGCAGCAAAUGGACCUUGCUCGCCAACAGCAAGAACAGAUUGCAAGACAACAGCAGCAACUUCUGCAGCAGCAGCACAAAAUUAAUCUCCUGCAGCAACAGAUCCAGGUUCAGGGUCACAUGCCUCCGCUCAUGAUCCCAAUUUUUCCACAUGACCAGCGGACCCUGGCAGCAGCCGCUGCUGCCCAGCAGGGCUUCCUCUUCCCCCCUGGAAUAACAUACAAACCAGGUGAUAACUACCCUGUACAGUUCAUUUCAUCAACAAUGGCAGCUGCUGCUACUUCUGGACUCAGCCCUUUACAGCUCCAGAAGGGUCAUGUCUCCCACCCACAAAUUAACCCAAGGCUAAAGGGCCUAAGUGACCGUUUUGGCAGGAGUUUGGACACCUUUGAACAUGGUGGUGGCCACUCUUACAACCACAAACAGAUUGAGCAGCUCUAUGCAGCUCAGCUGGCCAGCAUGCAGGUGUCACCUGGAGCAAAGAUGCCAUCGGCUCCACAGCCACCAAACACAGCAGGGGCAGUCUCACCUACCGGGAUAAAAAAUGAAAAGAGAGGGACCAGCCCUGUAACUCAAGUUAAGGAUGAAGCAGCAGCACAGCCGCUAAAUCUCUCUUCCCGACCCAAGACAGCGGAGCCUGUGAAGUCCCCAACAUCUCCCACCCAGAGCCUCUUCCCAGCCAGCAAAACCAGCCCCGUUAAUCUGCCUAACAAAAGCAGCAUCCCCAGCCCCAUCGGAGGAAGCCUGGGAAGAGGAUCCUCUUUAGAUAUCCUGUCCAGUCUCAACUCCCCUGCCCUGUUUGGAGAUCAGGACACAGUGAUGAAAGCCAUUCAGGAGGCUCGGAAGAUGCGAGAGCAGAUCCAGCGGGAGCAACAGCAGCAACAGCCUCAUGGUGUUGAUGGGAAGCUGUCCUCCAUGAAUAAUAUGGGGCUGAACAACUGCAGGAAUGAAAAGGAAAGAACACGCUUUGAGAAUUUGGGGCCCCAGUUAACAGGAAAAUCAAGUGAAGAUGGGAAGCUGGGCCCAGGUGUCAUCGAUCUUACGCGGCCAGAAGAUGCAGAGGGAAGCAAAGCAAUGAAUGGCUCUGCAGCUAAACUACAGCAGUAUUAUUGUUGGCCAACAGGAGGCGCCACUGUGGCUGAAGCACGAGUCUACAGGGAUGCCCGCAGCAGGGCCAGCAGCGAGCCACACAUCAAGCGACCAAUGAAUGCUUUCAUGGUUUGGGCGAAGGAUGAGAGGAGGAAAAUCCUUCAGGCCUUCCCCGACAUGCAUAACUCCAACAUUAGCAAAAUCUUAGGGUCUCGCUGGAAAUCCAUGUCCAACCAAGAGAAGCAACCUUAUUAUGAAGAGCAGGCCCGGCUAAGCAAGAUCCACUUAGAGAAGUACCCGAACUAUAAAUACAAACCUCGACCGAAACGCACCUGCAUUGUUGAUGGCAAAAAGCUCCGAAUCGGGGAGUACAAGCAGCUGAUGAGGUCUCGGAGGCAGGAGAUGAGGCAGUUCUUUACCGUGGGGCAGCAGCCUCAGAUUCCAAUCACCACAGGAACAGGUGUUGUGUAUCCUGGUGCUAUUACUAUGGCAACAACCACACCGUCACCUCAGAUGACAUCUGACUGCUCUAGCACCUCCGCCAGCCCAGAGCCCAGCCUCCCUGUCAUCCAGAGCACUUAUGGUAUGAAGACAGACGGCGGGAGCCUAGCUGGAAAUGAAAUGAUUAAUGGAGAAGAUGAAAUGGAAAUGUAUGACGACUAUGAAGAUGAUCCCAAAUCAGACUAUAGCAGUGAAAAUGAAGCCCCUGAAGCUGUCAGUGCCAACUGAGGAGUGUUUGUUUGCUGAAUUAAAAUACUUUGACAUUUCACCUCCCCUCCCCCAACAAAAAGUUCUUAAAGAGCCCGCAUGCAUUUGUGGCUCCACAAUUACAUCAGCAGAAUGGUCUUAAUUGUUUCGUAAAGUGUGAGACAGAUUAAGUUUUCCCGGAUUUUUCAUGAACUUGAGUUUUUGUCGUUAUUGUUAUUGUUGUUGUUGUUGUUUUUUUAAUUUAGGUGAAGACAUAUUAAAUAUGAGACACCAGGACUUGAAAACUUAUCUCAACCCAUAGCUGUCUUACAAGUCUUAUAUUUUUGUCUUACUUUUUUUUUCCCUUUUGGAUGUUGAUAAAGGUUUAAGUUACUGUUUUAGAUGGGGUUAAACAUUCUCACUCAGGUAUGCUGUGCCGGCCUACAGGUUGUGAAUGUGUUUUUAUUCUGAAUUAUUGGAGAGAACAACUGAGGAUUUCAUAUUGUGAAACAGAAAAGUCCACAGCGUGUGCAGCUGCAUGUAGAGCAUAUUCAAAAGGCCUCGGAAUUCCAUUUUUCCACGUGUAGAGUUAAACUCUGAAUGUGCCAAACUUUUCUCAGAACUUUUGAAUCUUCAUAUUUUGGAAGUCUUAAAGGAGACACUGCGAAGUCUUAGACAAUCUUUGGCAUCUUAAAAUAAAAUAGCAAACCACACAUUUUUUUUUUUCCAGAAAAUGGUAAAGUACUCAGGAAUCUGGAGACAAGAUAUUGUAAGGAAAGAACAAGGUUGCCACAGUGCACGUACCCAAUCGUGUUUGCCUCUUGACGUGCCAUCAGUGCGUGAUGCGCCGCAACGAGCGCGCCCCAGAGCAUUCACCACACCAGAUACCCACGUGGUGGUCUUCUCUGCCUGAGACCAUCUCUCACUACAUCCAUUAUCCCUUUGCCUUUUAACCCUGACAUUCAGUCUUAACACAUUUUCUCUUAAAUAAUUUAUUCAUUCCAGAAUGUCAAGGGUCCACUUACUAUUUAUUUGAAAAAAAAUGUUGGUGGCAUUAAUUUAAUAAUUCUUGUUUUUCACCCUCCUUCCCUGAAGAUCUUUUCAGCCCCUUUCACCUCCUUCUCCUGCUACAUAGAAAAGGUGUACAUAGUGAUUUUAUGUCCCCAGAGCAUCUGGAAGCAUUUCUGAAACAAGAUUCUGUUAAAUACUUAUAUUGUUUUCAAACAUAAGUGUCUAUCUGGCUGGAGGGCUGUGUAUUUGGAUACAGGUGUAGAGUCUUACACUUCAACAGGUCUGCCCCUGAGGUUCUCUGGGACCUCAAGUCUUUCGCCAGACUUCCCCUCUAAUACAGUCUAGCAACAGUGGUAGGAUCUGCAUCAGCGGCAUUACCCCUAAAUGCCCUUUGGCAGCAAGGGGCAGCAGUGGUGACUGCCAGGCAGGAGGGUCCACAGCCGAGACAAAAGCCCAAGGUUGUGGGCCACAGAGGAGGCCACAGCGAUGCUGUCAUGCACUGGCAUCUCCACACUGAGUUGCCUUGUCCCAUCUGGCACGCCUAGGGAGUUUUGGUUUUUGUUUUUCUUGUUUUUGUUUUUGUUUUGUUUUGUUUUGUUUUUGCAAAAUCCCCAGGCUGCAGGAAGCCACAUGACAGCCUCAAGGCAAAGAUAGAGGCAAAUAGUCAUGAUACAUCCAGAGAAUGAAAGAAAACCAUAGGGAAGGAGAAGGAGGGGAGAUACAUUCCCUGUAGGGGAUGUUCCUACUGUUAACUCUGGGGAACGGAUGAAUCCUGGGGCGGCAGGUGAGCUCCUCUGGCUCCCUCCCUCCAUCGGUGGCCACAUGGAGGG